CCCUCUGUUUCCAUAUUUCCUCCUUGCUGGGCUAUGAUGCAGAACGAAGCUACAAUAAAUACGAUAGUUUUUUGUCUGUCGAUGCAGAGAUGACUUUCCAGAUUUGAAUUCAAAUUCAAACGAAUCAACGCGUCAAAAUAGUGUCGUGUUCACCAUGCGCGUCUCCGAGGACGUUAUCGUCCUGUCAUCAUCCCCGGGUAAUAUCAUCUCACAUACACCGUCAAGACUCGCAGCAAGCUCGACAAAGCUCACUGAGAUAUCGCCAGGAUGCGUCUCUCCUCAUUCUCCAAUUAUGUCUCCGUCCGAGCUCCUUCGAAACCUUUCCGGUCCCGCCGUCUCGACAGAUACUUGUCUGCUCACGGAUAAUGCGUCCAACAAGGCCAAGAAAGUUUCGAAAGAGAGAGGAAAGACACAGAAAAAAUCUCCCUUCUUCGAUGAUUGUCAUGAUGCCGUUGCGGACGGUGAACAGAACAGAAGAAAAAGGACUAUGGACCAGCUACAGGGGAAAGAGUCUUCGAAAGGUGGACUCAAAAAGACAAGGAAUGGGACAAAAGAUCGGAAAACCACGAAAGCAAAGAGUGGCGAGAAUGGCAAUAAAACCCUGGUGGGUAAAGUUGGAAAGGCUAUAGCUACAAGCACCGACUUGGCUGGGAAAAGCGAAUUGGCACGAGAACCUGCGAAAUCUUUGAACCGCCAGGAGCCUUCAAUGAUAUCGAACAAUGCAGAAGAUGGACCGCGGUUGGAAGAAGCAGUGAAAAGGCGGUUAGACUGGACACCGACCAAAGACACUGCGCAGAGGGUAAUUGACCUGGGUGGCGAGGGAGAUAUAGAACGUAUCCCGCUUUCUCCUGGUCGGCCUGGUUUUGGAAAUUUGGUCUCUGAAUAUGGUUUUAGCGGAGAAUUUCAGAAAGCCAAAGGGCGUACCUCAACUGAGUCCGGGCCAACAAAGAGAAGACGGAUAGAGCUCGUGCAAUCUACAGUCCUGAAGCAAAAUGCCGAACUUGUUAAGCCCAAAUCUAAGAGAUCAAAGAAGGCAAAGGAUCAAGAUUCGGCAGCAUCGAAUACUGGGCAGAAAUCGAGAGGAAGAAAGAAGUUUACAACAUUAACUGCCCGUGUCACAGCAAAUUAUACUCCAGGCGACCAAACUGACGAUAAUAUCUCGGUGCCAGAUAUCGAGAAAUACAGUGAUCCGAAUGACAAUAAAUGCGUGGAUAUUUUGCACAAAAGUCGUUCAAGAAGCACUGCUAAUGAUAUUGAAUCCCUUAUCUUACCCCCCGAGGCUGCUGUUAAAUUCCUUGAAGAACAAGAUCUCGUCUUUGGCACCUGCAGUCAGCUGGCAAUGGAAGAGUCUCCAACUACACUCAGAGAAAUCCAACAGGUAAUCACAGCAUCUGAGGUCUGCAUAUCCGAAACUCGAACGCCCAAGCCGGAUGCACAACCUUCAACGUUGACCCGCUUUGCGACCCCGAGGAAUUUAUGGCAUGUUGCUUCCCGAGAUUCUGAUGGAUCUUUUGCUCCAGCUCAAGUAAUUGAUACAGUUGACUUGACUGAAUCUCCGCUCGUCUCUACUUUGAAUCGCGAUAAAGAUCGCCGAGAAAAAAAAAAGGAAGAACCUAGCCAACAGGCUGCUAUCUUCACAAAAGAUUUGCCUUUGCAACCGGCUUCUGCAUCUGACAGUAUGAAGAACCUAGAUACCGAGGAUCCAGAUAGCCAGGCUAGUCAGGUAAAAAACUCCACCGAUAAAUCAACCAGUGCUUCACUGGAGAUUCCACGAUAUGAAGGCUUUACGACAGCGGAACUUUCACAGCAGAUCAGUUGUUACGGUUUCAAGGCAGUCAGGAACCGAAAAAAGAUGAUCGAAUUGCUUCAAAAGUGCUGGAUAUCUAAACACGGCAAAAAUAUGGCGCCUGAGCAGCCUUGCGUUCAACGUGUGAUCGAUCCGUCCGAUCCCAACGAUAAGGAAGUACCGGAAUCAAAAUCUUCUACUCUUGCUACGGAACUUUCGGCCACGGUAUCUGCUAGUGUGACCAGAAGAGCAGGGAACGCGCAGCCCAACCCGGCGACCACCAAAAAACCGAGUCGCAGUCAAUCCAAGCAAGAGAGCCAAGGAAAGAAGAAGCAAAAGACCGCGCCGAAAUGUUUCUUGGAUAUUGAAGAAAUUGAAGAUUCAGAAGACGAGGCAUUCCCGUCUCCGAGCCGGUUACAAAACCGAUACAACACGAUCCAAAGCAUAGCCACUGAAGCAAGCCUAACGCUGAGUACAGAGCCUUGUUCUCCAAAGAAGAGCACUACCUCACAAAACCCCGAUUCUCCGGGCCUAGCCCUACAGAUCACCAGCGCAGUGCGUGCGCAGUCCCAAAUACCACGCAGCAACAGCAGGAAUAGACCUAGCUGGCAUGAGAAGAUCCUGUUGUUUGUCCCUAUUGUGCUCGAGGAUUUUGCUACGUGGCUCAAUACCGAAGGGCUAGCCCUUGUCGGAGAAGACCGGGAGGUCAGCGCCGGCUUUGUGCGGGAAUGGUGUGAGAACCAGGGCAUCUGUUGCUGCUGGAGGAAAGUGGUGUCUGAAUAAAUAUGAUAUAGUAUUUAGAGUACUUGGGCGUUUGGUUUAUUUUAUAUUAGAGAUACCCCUGGAGCAGUUGAUAACAUUCUUUGGAAUACAACAGUGUUGUAACAAACUACUUCAACUUAAG